AUGAUUGAUUCUCAUUUUAAUGGCAUAAUUAUUCGAAGACGGAUGGGUGUAUUGAAUGGUAAACAGCUAAAUAUUAAGCCAAUAGGAUUUGGCGAAGGAAAUUAUUUACGGAAAUUUUCCAUUGCCACAAGUUUACAUGGUGUAAUUUAUUUAGGAGAACCUAAACGACCAUAUUUAGAAAGGAUAUUUUGGAUUUGUGUCAUAUCAUUGGUGUUCCUUAUGUGUGGAUGUCAAAUACAACAGUUGUAUAACAAUUGGAUGGAAGGAAACAUUAUGACAAUACUAAAUGAAAGUAAUAGACAUUUUUCAGCCUUGAAUGAUGUACCAUUCCCUGGAAUCACAGUAUGUAGUGAUUUGCAAUUGCAGAACCUUGACAGUAAUUUAACGAUUUUAAAUCAAACGCUUGAUAGGUACGUAUAACGUACUUUACGUACUUACUUAUAUAGGAAAUUUGACCAACCAGCUAAUAAUAUUCUAUAUAACAUAUGCAUAUCAGAAUAAAUAUAUUUAUUUCAGAGAAUAUGAAGAUAGCAUAAACCUAAUGUGUCAUGUUUAUGAACCUAAUCUAAAUAUCGGUCAACAUUCCAUAAAUUCAAAAACAUGGGAUUUAUUACUAAACGUAAGAUUUUAUGACAAUACUGAUUGAAUAUGGUUUGCGUAACUUAGGUACCUACGC